AUGGCCCACGAACGUCAAUUCCCUAAGGACUUCAUGUGGGGCGCCGCCACAGCCGCGUACCAGAUCGAGGGUGGAGCUCAAGACGGUGGACGCGGUGCAAGUAUCUGGGAUGCGUUCUCUCACACGCCUGGCAAGACUUACAAAGGCCAAACGGGUGACGUUGCGAUCGACCAUUUCCACCGCUACAAGGAGGAUGUCGCUCUCAUGAAGCAAAUCGGUCUCAAGGGAUACCGGUUUUCGAUUUCCUGGCCUCGAAUCAUCCCCGCCGGAGUGGGCGAAGUGAACGAGGAGGGCGUGAGUUUCUACAACCGGUUGAUUGAUGAGCUAUUGGCGAAUGGCAUCACUCCAUUCGUGACGCUUUACCACUGGGAUCUGCCACUGGCACUACAGACGGAGUUCGACGGGUGGCUGGGCCAUGGCACACACGUGCAGGACGCUUUUGUCGCCUAUGCCCGCGUGUGUUUCGAACGCUUCGGUGACCGCGUGAAGAACUGGAUCACGCUCAACGAACCGUGGGUGCACUGUGUCAUGGGGCUUGCACUGGGGGUGCACGCCCCUGGACGCAAGCACAAUGCCCACAUUGAGCCGUACAGAUGCGGACAUAACUUGCUCAUUGCACACUCGCGCGCUGUUGACACGUACCGUAAGGACUUCCAGAAGCAACAAGGAGGGCAGAUCGGCGUAACGUUGAGCGCGGAUUGGCGUCUGCCUGCCCCCACCGAUGAUCCUGUAGAGAUGAAGGCGAACAUUGAGGCUGCAGAGCGCUCAAUUGCGUUCCAUCUCGGUUGGUUCGCGGACCCAAUCUACAAGGGCGACUACCCGCAGAUCAUGAAGGACAGACUGGGAGAUCGCCUACCCAAGUUCACGGAGGAGCAGAAAAAGCUGUUGAAGGGGAGCUCGGACUUCUUCGGACUGAACAACUACACCUCAGCGUUUGCCAAGCCAUCGGACUUGUACAAGGCCGGCGAGUUGCCUCCAAGCAACAAUUCUGGGUCAUUCUUCCAGGACGAAGGUGUGACUUCGUAUGAAGACCCAUCGUGGGCGCCUACUGCAGCAAUGUGGAACUUCGUGACCCCGUGGGGGCUCAAGAAGCUCUGUGUGCACAUCAGCAAGACGUAUCAGCCCAAGAACGGUGUCAUCAUCACCGAAAAUGGAUCUUCGUGGCCGGAUCAAUCUAAGGACGAAGGUAUUAAGGACGUGAAGCGAGUUGAUUUCUUCGAGCAGUACCUUACCGGAAUCCACGAAGCUAUUGCAGAGGGCGCUGACGUCCGCGGAUACUUCACCUGGUCACUCUUCGACAACUACGAGUGGGCUGGAGGGUUCAACAUCCGCUUCGGGCUCAUCUGGGUGGACUACGAGACUCGAGAACGUACGCUGAAGGACUCAGCGUCAUGGUAUCAUGACACGAUUGCCAAAAACGGCUUCCAGUCCAAGUACUCUAACAUCGAUGUCGCGAUUCCGUAA